AUGGUAUUGGCUUUCCGAAUUUUCCACACCCUUCUGGGCUGGAGGAAGAAAUUUGAACGAGCGUUCGCUACAGAAAUAAGGGUUCAGGGUGACUUUCCAUUUAGGAGCCCUAUAGUCCCCAACAUGUGGACCUGGUUUUGGUUGAUUAUGACAGUAGGCUAUGUACCCCAGAGUUCAUCUAUCCAGAGCGAGUACCAGCUAAAUUUCCACAUCAUUAACUGGAACCUCAGCAACCCAGACCCCAUGUCCUUAGAGUACACUGCCCUGCUGAAGGACAUCCAGGACAAGGUCACAAAACUGUACAGAGGCAGCCAGCUACAAGACAUAUUCCACUCCUGCCUGGUCACCAACCUGAUGCUGGAUCCCAUGUCGGUCAGCAUCAAGGUACUGUUCUCCUCCAAACUGGACUCCAGCGUGAUGAAGCAAGUGUUUCUAGACAAGACCCUUAAUGCCUCAUCCCACUGGCUGGGUGCCACCUACCAGUUGACAGAUGUGCAUGUGACAGAAGUGGAGCCAUCAAUUCAUAUACCAACAGACCAACCAACAAUCAGUCCCAGCUUCCAGAACUUCCAGCUGAAUUUCACUGUCACCAACUUAAUCUAUUCCCAGGACAUAGCCCCAGGCACCCCCAAACACCAGCGGAACAAGAGAAAUAUUAAGGAUGCGCUCAACCAGCUCUUCCGAAACAGCAGCAUCAAGAGUUAUUUUUCUGACUGUCAAGUUUCAGCAUUCAGGUCUGAGCCCCGCAGCAACCACACUGGGGUAGAUGCUCAGUGUAACUUCUCACCAUUGGCUCAGAGACUGGACAGAGUUGCCAUCUAUGAGGAAUUUCUGCGGCUGACCAAGAACGGUACCCAGCUGCAGAAUUUUAUCCUGGACAGGAAUAGUGUCCUUGUGGAUGGGUAUUCUCCCAAUAGAAAUGCUGUCUUGACUGAGAAUUCGGACCUCCCCUUCUGGGCCAUCAUCCUCAUCUGCCUGGCAGGACUCCUGGUGCUCAUCACGUGCCUGAUGUGCUGUUUCCUGGUCACUGUCUCCAGGCAGAAGGAGGAGGAAGACUGUGAGGCUCAGCAACAACGCCUGGGCUAUUAUUACCUGGGACCUGAGGAAGCUGCAGUGACAUCUGCUUGAGUCCCCUUUUCCCAGUCAGGUUCCAAAGGAGCUUGGCCGGAACAGAAAUAAACCACAUUGGUCAGUCA